GUUUGUAUAAAAAUCCAUAAUAAAAUCAACGUGAACGUGAUAAAUUCGACGAAUUAUAUUUGAAUAACUAUUCUUCUUUUAAUUUAAAAUGAUCGACAAACUUUUAUUAAACAACCAGAUCAUAACCAACAAAAAGAAAAUACAACAAGCGCGCAUUCAAACCAUCAACAAAUUAGUGCAGAAAAUUCGUAAACUAAAACUUUUAAACGAAAAAAAGCCCCAAAAUGCAAAGAUUACAAACAACCUUGAAAGAAUCCCCAAGAUAAUGAUGUGUUUGAAAAAACUGAAGACAGUUGAUAUCAUACGGAAGAUUCUCACCCUUAGCAAGAAGCCCACAGCAAUCCUAACAAAUGGACAUGCAUCAACCGAUGAUGUUGCCAUAGCACUUCUAGCAUGUAAUAAGAUUUUAGUUGGCAUUGUUGAGGCCUUGAGAGUGCUUCUCAGUUUAAAUGAUGCCAAUCCAGGCUGGCAGAAUGAGAUCUUAGAGCCUAGUAGACGUAAGAAAAAAGUAACUGAAUUAAAGGACAGGAAAAAGAGCAAAAAGAAAAAGACCGACAAGACGCAGCCAAAACCUUUAGUUAAAAAACUUCCAUGGAAGGAAGAAACAUUGGACAGUACUCAAUCAAACCAAGAACAACAUAGUCUUGAGACUCCAGUGACGAAGGGAUGGAAAGAAGAACCGAUUGCGGAUACGAUUGUGGCGCCAUUAUCACCGGAGAAUCUAUUAAGUAAUAAAAAGAAGAACAAUCAUAAGAAGACAACAUUGUCAGAAGAAGAACUUAAUGAACCAGAUGAAUCUACUAUCGAUAAGCCUGUGACGAUAGUAGACUCAUUCUUUUUCACUCAGUCUGGGUCUAACUACAUGUCAACUGUGGUUGUAGAUCGGGUUCAGCCAGAACCAAUCCAAGAUGGCCUUGUUCGUCGGGAACGAAGGGACAAUAACAUAAGACCAAACAGAAAAAACAACAUAUUCCGAAGACAAACGGAAUCCAAUCGAAGUGGUUUCGAAAAACGAAGCCACCCCACAAAGAUUGGGAGAAUAGAGAAGACACACAACUUUGGGGCAAAAUCAAAAUCUAUUGUGGCUGAUGAAAAACUCCACCCAUCAUGGGCUGCCAAACAGAAACUCAAGCCAUCUAUAACCGAAUUCAAAGGACAAAAAAUCACAUUUGAUAACGAUGGAAAUGAUACAACAGUAAAACCAUUGAAGCAGUUAAAAAAACCUGAAGUGAAAAACAUAUCGACCGGACCACCUCAAGACAACCUACAUCCAUCGUGGGCGGCAAAACAGCGACAAAAACCAGCAAUUACCGAGUUCAAGGGAACUAAAAUAACAUUUGAUGAUUAAUUUAAGGCAUAGGGUAUUUAAAUAAAUUCAAAUAAAAUCGAAUUAAUUAUUUUAAAAAA